AGGACAAGCAGGUGUUUCUAAUGAUCUCAAACUACGUUUCCAUGUGUACUUACCAACUAUUAAUGCAUUGCUUGUUUACGUAACAAAGAGUACCAUAGACCCAAACAGACACACCUGAUAAUGUUAUCUGAUGAACAUUAUGAUUCCUAUGACAAUGGAAGUUAUGAAGACACGUGUGAACAAAGUGAAAUAUAUAUUCCAGCAACAUGGGUCACCGUCACCUUGAUGUGUUUGGCUGUAGAAACUAUUGUAGUCAAUCUAGUUGUGAUAAUUGUAUUUAUCCGUCCCAAACACCGGACACCAUCAACUGUUUUACUUUCAUUGUUAGCUGCUUCAGACAGCAUAGCAGCGAUCCUAGCGUCAAUACCAAAACUUGCUGGGUUUGUUUUUUACACUGAUGAUCUCGAGGAAAAUAUAGAAUAUUUUGGCGGAUGGAUUUGGUUUGAACAUUAUCCAGAUUGUAACGCUUGGAUGUAUGUGAUAAACAUUUCAUCUGCAUUUCACUGCAUAUCUAUAAGUAUAACGGUUAUAUUGUGUAUUCAAAAGGUAAUUGCUUUACGAUUUCCGCUUUGGAGCUUGCAGCGGGAACAAAACAAGUCAAAUAAGUUUUUGAUGUGUCUAAUUUUGGUCCUUUUUACCAGUGUGUUCGCAUGGAAAACAGUUAAAGACAAUAAGAUGUUAUAUAAUGGAAGAAAUAAUGUUUGCUGCUUCAAUGAUAUAUAUGAAACAGAUGAUAUCGAUCUACUCAAUACUGGAUUGAAUAUUUUCCUCCUAGCUUCCGUGCUCAUCAUAAUAUUAUGCACUGUUUAUCUGAGUUUCAAACUUUUUAAAAAUACAAAAUAUAGUCACAGAAUUAGAAAUACAACUGCUAACGCGAGAGCGCAAAGAUCCGCAAUGCUAGUCCUACUAAUAUCAAUUGUAUUCGUACUCUCGGAGAUAUUAAAUAUCUUAACAACUAUUAAUUAUUCAAGACUGCUUCCAACCUAUAGUGUACUAUUGGAGGGGGCCUGUGACUCGUAUUGUUUGUUAAGUAGACAAGUUGGGUUUUCGUUAAACUUGAUAGUAUACCUGAUUAUGAGUGAAAAUUUAAGGAACACAAUUAUAACAACAUUUGCAGAGUUUUUUGUGUGUCAACGACGGACGAAAAGUAAACAAUUGGCGCCAACUAUCAAUUCGAUUUCCAAUGGCACUAUGUCAACUCAUAUGUAA